UCUUUAAUACAAACAUAUCUGAAAGAAAGCGGCGUUGUAGGCAGCAAGAACCGUAUGUUACAACGCACGUGGACUCUUAUAUCAGUUGUAAUGUAACCAGUUAGUAAGCUACCAUCACAGUCUCGUGCUUGAUCGAACGAUGUUAAAUCUUCGCGAUUCUGCUGGCUUGUGAUAAAUGGUUGGAUUGAAUAGUGCAACUGGGGACCAACGAUGACCUCUCUCGAUGAGAUAUAGCAACAUAAGAACUACAACUGGACUGUUGAAUUUGCUACUAUUUAUCCUACUCGUAGCAAUAUCUUUGGAUGCUGCUGCCAGCUAGCUAACUUCAUUUUUGCAACUAAUGAAUAGCUAAACGCCUAAAAUGCCACUGCAAAUAUGUGACUUGGUCGACAUGCCGGUAGCUAAUCACUUGGUUACUUAUAUGUACACGGGGGUACAACCAUAGCUUUAAUAUGAAUGACCAGGUUUCCAUAUGAUUGGGAAGCAGCUAUAGUUAACUAGCUACUCCCACACUGCAAUUUGGUCUCGCACUGGCGGCCUCCGAGUUACAGUUACACACACGCAGUCUAGCUGGCUGAAUUUCUACUACUUGUCAAGAAUAGGAGGCGGUGGCAACUGGGGUGUACAUUUGUGCGUUCUUUAUAGAGAUCACUGCCAGGGUGAAAUACUACAGUUCAUGUUUCGACAAGAAGUCAGUGUACUAUAUUUUAUUUCCGUCUUGUUCUUACCUUUUCCAAAACGAGAAGAGGAAUAUGUCUAGAUAUAACAUUUACAGUCUUUUAGACUGGUUGUAUGGCGGCGUGGACCCAAAGUUUGAAGGCAACGGGGGCCCAGAAUGUGCCGCCUUUCUUGUACCCCAACAACGUAUCGGCGAGAGUUUUGUCAUGGUUCUGAUUUCCAUCGUGGAAGUUGUCGUCGCACUGAGGAAAAUCAACAUUUCUAAAGAACUCAAAGAGAUAGCGAAAGAUGGUCCAAGCAUAAAAGAGGACAGUUUGGGCAAGAACCUGUUGCUGGUUGCUUUGUGUAUGACGUUUGGAGUUGAGGUUGGAUUCAAAUUCGCCAAAAAGACAGUGAUAUACCUACUGAAUCCUUGUCAUGUUGUGACCAUGUUGCAGAUCUUCUUGCUGGCCUGUCCGCCAUGUAAAACAGCCAUGGUCCUCUUUAGGCUUCAGGUCCAUAUGCUGAACGGUGCCCUACUGGCCCUUGUCUUCCCUGUGGUCAACACUAGGCUGCUUCCAUUUGAGAAGGAGGUCUACUACAUCCAGCAUUCCUUGCUCUACCUGGUGCCUGUAUACCUCUUCAGGAAAGGAGGUGUGUACAAGCCGGAGCCCCUGGGGGACAUGUGGUGGGCUAUCCUCUCCACUGGCAUCCUGUUCCUUUAUCACUUCCUGUUCCUGCAGGGCCUGGGCCUGAUGACCGAGGUCAAUCUGAACAACAUGCUGUGUCCAGCAGUGUCAGAUCCAUUUUAUGGGCCUUGGUACCGGGUUUGGGCUGCGGGUCACCAGACUCUGUUGACCCUGGUCCAUGGGAAGGCCCUGACCCUCCUCUCCCAACACACCGGCCCCACCUGCAGGUACUUGCUGGACACCGCCAGACUGCGCAGCAAGAAGAUUGACUGAACAUCCACACACAGAGACAAACACGAACGUAGCCUUUUCCAAUCCAAACGCCUGUUAUGUUGGGAUUUUCUAUCCACAUUUUUAAUGCAUCUGUACCACCUUUACCAUAUUUAUUUACUGUAAAGUUAUAAUCAUUUCAGAGUCAAUGAAAUAUCAUUCCUUUAGUGUUUGUGCUGGAUUGCAUUAUAUGCAUGCACAAUCAUGGGCGCCUGAUUUUGUCUGAAAGUGGGGGUGCAAAUGCUUGGAGGGGGGCUUGACUUUUUUUGGCACCGUUUGAAGCGCUGUCACCAUAAACAAUAAAACAAUGUACUUGUCUCA